AAAAGGGUCGUUUUCGAGCAGCGCUCUCACGAGAGGGGCCUCUUGAUUUCGGCAUUUUUCACGAGAGGGUGUUUCGCUAACAAACGUUUUUCACAAAAGACCCCUUUUGCCAUACUGGAGCGAGAAUUCCCAUAUUAGUAGUUGAGGGCAUUCAAUUAAGUACCUUAACAAACAAACAAAAAGACGACUUGGCCUUGCUUGUUGAAGAAGUAGGUGUAGUUGCACUAAAGGGACAAGACUUUAAAAACAAAAGUUUUGAGGAGCUUAGGGAAUGGGGUGGAUAUUAUGGUCCAUUAGAUGUUCAUGCCAACUCUGGUGCACCUCUUGAGGAUCCUCACUUCCACGUCGUUUACAAAAGUAAUGACCCCAAUCAAAAGGAAAAAAUAUUUUCAGAUAGCCUUAACAGUAUCAAAUGGCAUUCCGACGUCACUUAUGAAAAUCAGACUCCAGGUAUUACCAUUUUGGUUAUGCUUGAAACUGGCUUAGGGGGAGAUACUCAAUUUAUUGAUUCCGUUGAGCUCUAUAAUAGGUUUUCUCCACUACUAAAAACAAAACUAGAAGGCUUAAGGGUUUUACAUUCUUCCAGAGAGCAAGCAAAUGGUACAGCUCUUAUUGGAGCUAUUCAAAGAAAACAUGUUAUUGACAGUAUUCAUCCUGUUGUUAGGUAUCAUCCUGUUUUGAAAAAAAAAUCAUUGUUUGUAAACAGUGGUUUUUCAAGAAGAUUUUUAGGCUUGAAGCAAGAAGAAAGUGACAAUUUACUUAGUUUUCUUCUGGAUCACUCAAAGACUUGUCUUGAUGCACAUAUCAGACUGCAAUGGGAUGAGAAUACUGUUGUUAUCUGGGAUAAUAGGAGAGUUGUUCAUUCCGCGACUGCUGACUGGGAUGCUACAUCAACCAGACAUGCGUUCCGAAUUACGACGAUGGCGGAAAGACCAGUGGAGACUGAGGAAGAGUAUGAAAGCUGGUCUCCUGAAGCAGAAGAGGAAAGACUCAAACUGAAAAAUUAUUAUUUGAAUUUAAGCCCUUCGGAGUACUAUGAGGCGACAAUGAAAUAGCCAAUUGAUUUGUCUUUCUUAGUUUAUUCUAGUUCUCGAUGUUAUGCCGGCUGGGUUCACAUGUGUUAUCCACAUUUUUUUAAGUAGGCAGAUCAAAAAAAAUCUAGAUUCCACUGGAUGCCAAAAACGUUUCUCCUGAUAGCUGGCCGUAAAGGGUUUUACUUAUUUACUGAUUUAAGUAACCUCGUAGAUAAAUGUAUAUUCUCUCACGAGUAUCAAUCAUAUUCUAACAAAGAGACACUUGAAUUGAAAAUCAGUCACUUUUAUUGAAC